UCUCAAGCUCACUUUAAAGAGUGGUUUUUUCUUGAGAGGUAUAGUCAAGAGAAAAUGGAGUGUGAGAGAUCUAAUAUAUUUGUUUUGGUUGUUGACAAUGAUGAUGUUUCUUUGGAUAUUCUUGCAAAUAUUCUCAUCGCAUGGCAAUAUAGAGUUAUCACUGCUAAAAAUGCUCUUGAUGCUAUGCAACAUCUUCGAGACUUUGAUGGAGUUUUUGAUCUCAUAAUUACAGAAGUUCAUUUACCAGGAAUUAGUGGAAUUGCAUUUCAAAAACAUGUUAAAGAUGAUUAUCAAAUUCCUGUAAUAGUGAUGUCUAAUGAUAGAAGGGAGAGUGUAAUUUGCAAUAGCUAUGAAUAUGGAGCAGCACAUUAUAUAAUGAAACCAUUUUGUGCUGAGGAUUUCAAAGACAUUUGGAAAAUUGCUAUGGAUGCAAAGAAAGAGAAACUAUUCAUUGAAAAUGAAUUAAUAAUAUAUGAUCAAGAAAGAGAGUCAUUUGGUGGUGAUGAUGAUGUUAACUCACUUAACACAUUGAAUGAUGCUAAGAUUAAAAAGAAAUAUUGCAAGAGAAAGAAUGAUGAAUAUCAAGAUGGUGAUUUUCAAGUUUUGAAAAAACCUAAGCUUGUUUGGACAACUUAUCUUCACAAUCUUUUUCUUCUUGCUAUCAAGCAAAUUGGAUUGGACAAGGCUGUGCCAAAGAAAAUUCUGGAGGUGAUGAAUAUUCCAAACUUGACAAGAGAAAAUGUAGCAAGUCACUUACAGAAAUAUCGCAUAUUUCUGAGAGAUGUAGCUGAGAAAGGAAUGAUUGGAGGAAUAUCUCACAGGGCAUUAAGGUCAAGAUUUGCUUCAAGUCUUCCAGUUUCAGUGAUCAAAGAAAUCCAAGCUAUAAGAACAAACAAACUUCGUGCACCAACUCUUCAAUAUUUGCAAAAACUAUCAUACCAAAAUGGUGAUGAUAACAAUGUUCUUCAACAAUUCAACCAAGUUUCAAGCAACAACAAUGAUCAAUUCUCUUUUUUACAAAAAGGGUUGACUCUUCAAGAAUUGGAUCAAGUUAGAAUUGGUAAAUCAAGUUUGGAAAACAAUGUUGCUAUUCAACAAAACAAGUUUGGAAUAAGCUCUUCUUCAAUUCCAACUUUUCAUCAAGCAAAAAAUUCAUACAAUGAUGGUGCUAAUGGAUUUCAUGGAUUAAUGAAUUCUUCUUCAAGUUUCUUAACAAGGGGUUUGAAUAAUUAUGGUAACCAAAAUUAUGGUUUAAGAAAUUUGAACAUGACAUCAUUGAACAACAACUCUAAUAAUGUUCUAUUUCAGAAAAAUAACAUUUUUAUUCCAAUGAGUAAUAACCCUUUUGGAGUUCAACUCAAUAAUGGAUUUGGUUUCAAUGUUGGAGCAAAUAAUGAAAAUGUGAAUGUUGGUGGAAGCUUUGGUUUGGUUCAAGGAGGGUUUGGUUUGAAUUCUGUUUCUGAUGUUAGUGGUGGAAGUGGAAGUGGAAGUGGAAGUGGAAGUGAGGUUCCAACAACAUUUGUGAAUGCUGAAAAUGUUGCUGAGGUUAAUCAAUUUGUGGAAAAUGUGAAUCAAAAUAAUGGUGCUGCUAAUUUAAUCAGUGAGAAUGAGUUCAAGCAAAUGGAAAUUAAUGUUGCUGAUUUCUUGAUGGCUGAUGAUAAUCUGAAUCUUCUUAAUGAGAUGGAUGUGAACCGUGUUGAUGCAAGUGGAUUGUCGAAUGCUGACUUUAAUUUCUUCCAAGAUGAGCAACCCUUUGAGCAGUUGCGAGGAAAUGAAGGAUGUUUUAAUAGGUUCAUGGGGGACAAAGCUUCUUCAGCACCUACUUCAACCAUUGGAACUCAGGAAUUGGAUGUGGAUCUUAUUGAAGCCCUAUUUGGUGCUAAGGAAAACUAG